AUGUCGGCUCUUCGAAAACUUCGCGAAGGUAUCGUGGCUUCCAAUCGUACCGACGACUUUGCCAUUCAAGCAUACUUGUUCUGUAUUCGCCUUGCCGUUCUCGUCAAACAGCCAGAAUCAUACCAAGCUGCCAUCCUACAUUUGCUGGGAAACAUUCACCCCGAGCAGAAUUUGACGGUGAUUGAGUAUCAAGAGGUCGUCGGAUACCUGGUUUUGGACACGGCAUGCCGUCAGAGGGAACUUUCUGAGGCAUAUUUCUUGCGACAAAAAUAUGCUCUUCAAGACAAAAAAGUAAACGAUGCACUUUUUGCUUUGGCCCAUGACAACUUUAUCCUGUUUCACCGAGUGCGCAGAGCUGUGGAUGGGCAUCAGGCCAGAAUUCUGGAGUGGGCAGAGCCAGAGCUACGCCUGCACACACUCAAAUGCUUUGGCCGAGCGUACUUGAAUGUUGAUUUGAAGUACCUAGAAACGGCAACAAAUUCGGAAUGGGACGAUCUGAGGCAAAAGGACGGCGUUGGCUGGGAACUGGAGGGGACAAAGGUGAUUAUCCGAAAGAUCAAGGCUCGGUAG